AUGGAAGAGCUCAACACCGACAGCCGCACCGUCUACGAACUACUUCGCCAUGAGUUCACCAGCAACAUGGACAACAAGCUCCGGACUCAUGGUGAGUCACUUCUCAAGUCGAUGAGCAAGAUGAUCGAAGCCAACAACACGACCCUCGACAGGCUCAUGUCGGCGCGGGCACCACAGGAGGAGGCCGGCCAUGGCGACACCGGAUCUGGCAUCUCCGGGGUCCUCUACAAGUGGGUCAACUACGGCCGCGGGUGGCGGCCCCGCUGGUUCGCGCUCAGCGACGGCGUGCUCUCCUACUACAAGAUCCACGGGCCCGACCGCAUCGACCUCUCCCGCGACACCGACCGCGGCGCCAAGGUCAUCGGCGAGGACUCGCUCCGCCGCCUCGCGCGCCCCUCCUCCGCCUCCGCCCCCCACUCCAACGGCCACGGCCACCACCAGACGCCCCGCAAGCCCCUCGGCGAAAUCCACCUCAAGGUGUCGACCGUCAGAGAGAGCAGAUCGGACGACAGGAGGUUCUCCAUCUUCUCGGGGACCAAGAGGCUGCACCUGCGGGCCGAGACGAGGGAGGACAGGGCCGCGUGGAUCGAGGCGCUCCGUGCCACCAAGGAGAUGUUCCCGAGGAUGUCCACCAGCGAGAUGGUCGGGCCGGGGGACACUGCGGCGGCCGCGGCAGUCUCCACCGAGCGCCUGAAGAAGCGCCUGCAGCAGGAAGGGGUCAGCGAUGCUGCCAUUGCUGACAGCGAGAGGAUCGUGCGGGAGGAGUUCGAGGCGCUGCACAAGCAGCUUGUGCUUCUCAAGCAGAAGCAGGCGCUACUCCUUGACACGCUCCGCCACCUAGAGGUAUUCAUAUGUGAUUGGACAUGUUUAUUUGCUUAUUUCUAUCAUGAGAUGAACCACAUUUAUGCAUCUUACAUCUCUAUGUUGAAUACUCAGGGGGAUAGUGUGAUGAGGAUUCUAAGCGUUGCAGCAUUUGUUGUUUCUAGUUAUGCCUCUACGGAUGGAAGGAGUUGUAAGCCCUUCAACCCUCUUCUUGGGGAGACCUAUGAAGCAGAUUAUCCAGAUAAAGGUCUUCAUUUUUUCUCAGAAAAGGUUAGUCAUCAUCCAAUGGUUGUUGCAUGCCACUGUGAGGGAAAUGGCUGGAGGUUUUGGGCAGAUAGCAACCUAAAGAGCAAGUUCUGGGGUCGCUCCAUUCAACUUGAUCCUGUUGGUGUGUUAACACUGGAGUUUGAUGAUGGUGAAGUUUUCCAGUGGAGCAAGGUGACCACUUCCAUUUACAAUCUCAUAUUGGGUAAACUGUACUGUGAUCACUAUGGUACUAUGCGCAUUCAAGGUAAUCGCGAAUAUUCAUGUAAGCUGAAGUUCAAGGAGCAGUCAAUUAUUGAUCGCAACCCUCAUCAGGUAUUUAAUAAAUUGCCUGUAUACUAGAUGUAUUUUGUAUGCUUGUUCUUCUGAUUUCUCCUUUUAUUUCCUAACUUUGCAGUUUGUUUGUCACUAAGAUGAUGCUUUUCCAUGCAUAUUAG